AUGCGUGGACGCCGCCGCGCGCGCGUCGUCGUCGUCCUCGCGUGCGUCGCGCGCGUCGCGCGCGCGCGCGGCGUCGCGGCGUCCACGGCGCGCGCGUGCGUGUCGCCCACCGUCGGCUUCGGCCCGCGUCGAGGCCGGCCGACGACGUGCGCGGCGACGACGACGGCGAGCGACGACGCGUCGAGCCCGUGCGCGUACUUCGACGCGUUGCCGGGCGAGACGACGACGCGUCGAGGGCGGGGGGUGGAGUACGACGGCGAGGCGCGGCACGGGGUCUCGGGGGCGGCGUGCGUCACGCGCGACGGGCGCGACGGGACGGGCGGCGAACGCGCGGCGUGUCGAAACGGCGCGCGGGGACGGGGGACGCGGUACGGACCGUGGUGUUGGACGAGCGAGACGACGUGGGAGUACUGCGACGUGCCGACGUGCGAGGCGGAUGAGGACGACGGGUCGUUGGCGUCGUACGCGUUUUGGGACGAUCUCGCGGCGCUCGUCGAGGGUAAGACGACGCGAAGCGCGCGCUCGAUCUUUCUCGAGAGCGUGGAGUUCCCGGUAAAGGUGACGUCGUCUUCGUCGUCGUCGCGAGAUGGGGGUGAGGUGGGUGAUGGUUCGGAACACGUCGAGAGCUUUGUCGCCGUGAGCUCGCGGUUACGUUCCUUUGUGAACGCCGUGGCGGCGUUAACCAUCUCCAGAUCGUGUGAGAUCGACGUCGAUCACGAACGGCACGUGCUGCGGUGGAAUCCAAAAAAGUUACUCGAGAAGAGCGUCGGGACGAAACUCGUCAAGCGCUCCAUGAAGGACGUGUUACGCGUCGAUGGAAGUGGUUUUUCACAAAACGUGCCGCGCAAUGUUAAAGCAUUCAUCGUCGCUCGUCUACCGGCGGCGCUCGCGACGGACGUCGUGGUUCCCAUCGCGGAUGACGGAACGGAAGCAUCGUCGCGCCUCAGAGAGUCACUCGUGCGGUGCGUCGUCAACGCGGUGCCGAACCGCGUCGUGGGAAUCGGAGCGAACGGGUUGUUCCUCGAUCUGGAUACGUACGAAUUCACAAAUGUGUACAACUCGCAGCUCACGAGCGCCGAGCUCGCGGCGUUCGUGGAGACGACGAUAGGAUGGCAGAUGAAGGACAACUAUAGACGCGCUCUGUGCGAUCGAGAACGUCGAAGGCGACGACGAUCGAGAGGGAGCGGCGCGUCGGUGACCGGAACCGAUGAGGACGAGAACGUCGACGUCGAAGACGACGAUUCGCUCCCGGAGAAUCAAAACACCGAGCGCAUGUUCAAGUUUGUCGGCGACGCGCUCGGGGCGACGCCCACACGGUGCGCUGCGCUUGAUGCUCUACGAAGCGGAUUUCCAUCCGCGACGGCAAACUCGAUCGAGAAGUCAUCGUCGUCGUCGUCGUCGUCGUCGUCUGGAUCGGGAGACUCCGACUCCGCCGACGCGUCGUCCUCAUUGUUGGACCUCGGGGAAGCACCUCCGUCGGAUUCAAUCAAUGAUACCUCUUCAUUCUUCAUCGCACGGCGUCUCUCGACACUCGUACCGUUCUCCAUCUUUGCAGGUUUGAUCGUUCUCAUCAUUCUCAACGCAGUACGCAAGUUUGAAAAUUUCAGCGACUUUGAUGGUCUGCUUAGGGGCGUCUCGGACGCCGACAUCGACGAUUACGUCGACGACGCCGAUUCCAUCGGACGCACGGUAUCGUCGGGAAGAAACGACGGCGUGACGCGAUACGGCGUGCAGACGUCGGUGGGAGAUGGUGUGAACGGAUCUCGAAACACAAAGGUUCGAUACCUCAUCUUGGACGUCAUCGCUCGCGGCGCAAACUCGGUGGUGUACGUCGCGUCGGUGCAGCGAGAAGGGGACGACCCUGACACGAUAAAGAUGGUGGCUCUCAAGGAGCCACACGACCGGUACAAGACAAAGGCGGAGAUUGCAUUCCUGAGCUCUUUACCGCCUUCAGACUAUAUGUGCGAAUUCUUAGGGCCUGUGGUCGAACCCAGAUCGCGGGCGUGGAUGGUCAUGUUCGAACUAUGUCAACACGGCUCUUUGAGACAAAGUUUAAUCGAUCGCACGUAUCCGCGAGACGGUCAGUCGAUCCACCGAGCGAUGUCGAUGAUUAUAAAGGGCCUCGCGCACGUGCAUGCCUCGAACGUCGUCCAUCGCGACGUUAAGAUGGAUAAUUUUUUGUUGUGGUGCCCGCACUGCACGGAUUUUCGUGGAUCGAGUAUGGGGACGAGGUGCAGGCGCGAUCACGUUGUGAAGAUCUCAGAUUUAGGUCUGGCGAAGUCUCAGAGCAUGAUGUUUGAGUCCUCGGCGCGACUCACGGGGACUCUCGCGUACGUCGCGCCCGAGCGCCUGGCGAUCGCCCCAACGGAUAUCACUCCGGAGAAGUAUCGUAUGAGCGAUCUGUACGCCAUCGGGUUACUAUUCUGGGAGCUCCUUUACUACGCCAAGUUUGGUCAAUCGAGGCGGGUGAUCGAGGACGUCGUGCCGGACGAAAUCGAGCGCGGCUCGAUGAGCGACGCGCAAAUCAUCUUAAUGAUCUCCACGGGCAGGAUGAAACCGAGCUUGGACUUCGUCGCGCCGCGCAUUCGAGGCUGGCUCGAGAAGUGCAUCGCGUUUGACCCGAGCGCGAGGCAUCAGAGCCUGGACGAAGCGCUGAGACGUCUGGGUAUGCUUGGGAGACAUUUCCACGCCUUGCUUCCCGAGGACAAUCAUCGAACGGAGAUCGACAGCAACGCGAGCGAUCAUAGUGGGAGCGGAAUGGACGAAAACUGA